UUCAUCAGACGCUUCCCAAGAAAUGUCCAACUCAAGCGUCGCACCUUGCCAUCACAGCGCUGUCGAGUCUCACGGCCCUUCUCUACGCAAACACUACUGCAUCACCGGCCGCAUCUACAAUCAUCAAGGAUGAGCUGGAUGGACAGCUGGAGCCGGCCCUCCAAGUCCCAAGCGACGCCUGCACCCUACUACUUACUUCCCGGCGGCGACGCGACGCCAUACUGCCACUCAUGUGGGAGGGUGAUUAGCAACCGACGGACAACGGCAAAGGCCAAGGCCAACGACACACCCGUCAAGUACUGUUCGAGUCGGUGCAGGACGAACAAGCCAGGGAAACUAGAUCGUGAACUCGAGACGACGUUUGUGCAGUUUCUAUCCGCGGAGGACUGUGACCAAGCGGAAGUGAGAGGAAAGAUCAAAGGGCAGGGAGGAAUUCGAUCGAAGAGGAAGGACAAACAGAGCAAAGGCGAUGAUCGAAUCUUGGUCCCUUGCAGCGCCGUCGAGGACCAUGUCUUCGGGCCUCAUCGAUCGUCGAUGGAAGAGUCUGAGCCCGAGAGCGAAGUCGUGACGGUAGAUACACCAGCGCCUCGACUACCGAGACCUUGUGAGGCGGAAUCUUCUGGAGAAGACAUGGGACUUUUGGGAAAUCUCGAGGGCGACAAGAGUAUCGACGGCCACACAUUGGCACGUCUGGCAGUCCGUAGCGGAACACGUAUUCGACCACCACAGUCAGUGUCCGAGGUAAACGGGAGCGUUGGUGGCGAAAAAGGGCGCGCAGAGAGGAUUCAAGAGACAGAGGCCAUGGCCGAGAAACGAAAAGAAGGCCAGAAAAGGGCAAAGGAGAGGGAAAUGACAAAGUGCGCGGCUCGAAGAGGCGUCAUCUUUGGGUUCCUCGUCGGUGAAGAGAGACGACUCUGUGAGGCUGUUAUGGCGGGAAAGGUCGUGGAGCCGAGCUUUGCCAAGGGAGAUUGGAGCAUCAGAUGGAGAGAAUGA